AUGAGUCUUGUUCCUUGUCGCGGUGGUGGCCGACUACAAACUUUUGUACUUACAAGAGAUAUUAACUCACUCGUCAAUUCUCUUAACAACGGCUUUUAUGUAAACACAGUCAAUCGAUAUAGUGAAACUGCAUUGUUCAUAGCAUCUUAUUACGGGGACAUAGAUAUGGUCGAUUUAUUGCUUUCUAGGGACGCUGAUCCAAAUUUACAAACAACUGAAGGAAAUACUCCCUUGCAUUCAGCUGCUUGUAAUGGACAUACCGAAGUGAUGCAAAAGCUUAUUGCUGCUGGAGCUGAUGAAAACCUCAAAAACAGCCAGGGCCUGACUGCAUCAGAUUUGCUUAAUCUUAAUCAUUCCGAGGAAAAGAGUGAAACAAGCAAGUGUGAUUCGAAGAAGAGAUCAGAAAUAAGAAAAACCAACCGUGAUUCCCUUCGAAAGCAUCAAAUUAAACUUUCAAAAACUGAAUCUAAAUGUCUUACUUCGUUUUGUUCAUUUACCUUUGAUCAUUCACAUAGACCGCGAGAAUUUAUUUCAAGCAUACCCAUUCGUAAAAAGUCAGAAAUUGAAGGAGACCUCUGUGAAAGCUCUCAUUACUCCCACAAAGAAGAUUUUAUCCUCAGAGAUCGUAAACGUUGGCAUGGUAGCAUACCUGUACUUACGCAUCAACUCAACCCUAUUAUUGUUCAGUUUUUGGGAGGAAGUUUAAAUUCAAAAAUUAAAGAUAUUCUACACAAUUUAUUAAUUCGUGAAUUAGAAGUAUGCAGACGCAUUCAUCAUCCAAAUAUUAUGAGUUUACUGGCUAUCAUUUAUGAUGAUGCAAUUCAAACUGAAUCACGUGAUCAACUAAUCAAUCCUAGUAGUUUAGUACUGAUGUAUGAACUGCCUUCACUUGGUAAUUUGCAUGAAUACAUACAAGUAAAACACAAUAAAUUUUCUACCCUAUCAGUACUCAUUAUAUCCUAUCAAAUAUCUGAAGCUCUGGUGUUUCUACAUUCCUCUGGUAUUGUUCAUUGUGGGAUUACUCCGUAUGCUGUACACUUGUAUGCAGUGGAUAAAGCCAAGCUGGGGAAUUUUGAAUACGCCCAAUAUAUUGAAAAUUAUGAAAAUACUUCAACCGAAGAUCAUUACUAUUCAGAUGAUUCAAUAGUCAAUAAAUCCAAGUUGAAUUCUACUUCGAGAGUCCCUCAUCUCUCAUCAGUAUUCAAUUUAAUUCUUGGUGUAUAUUAUCUACCAUCAAAUUGCUUAACUGAUUGGUUACCGCCAGAAUUAUAUGACUCAACAAAAGCCUUAUUUAAAUUCCCCAACUUUUUAAUGGCACUACAAACCAUUUCAAUUGAUGAAUUAAAACAAACAAUUAAACCGUGUACAGCUAGUGAUGUAUUCAGUUUUGGUAGAGUGAUUCAGUUUAUUUUAAUGAAAUCCCAAGAGAAACAUGAAAUAUUUACUGAAUGUUAUAGUAAUCCUGGUAAUCUAUCAACUUUAGUAUCUUCAGCUAUCAAAUUGAAUCCAGAUGAACGUCUGCAGAUGACACAAUUCAAUCGAUUACUGAUACAUUUAUUUUGGAUAGAAUAUGAUCAAGAAAAAUCGCCAAAACCAGCUUUAUUUAACAGUAUGCCACCAUGCCCAUUACGACUAUGCGAUCAUAAAUACAGACCAAGGUAUUUUGAUCCUGUCCCCCUUGUCUAUGCUAAAAAUUCAACUGGCAGUAAUUCUCGUCUAAGAACUAUUUCCCCUAUCGACUAUCAUCAGAAAUUGUCAGUUUCAUCGACUGAGAGUAAAGAACAGUCGAAAAAGCCAGCGUUGAAGCUGUUCAGGCGUAGUGAACCCCUGAAUUCUAGUACGCAUCGAUCGUUUCUCAAUUCAGAGAAGGCGAAACAUCUUCAAAAGUCAGAAAAUAAUACUUCAGAUGCUUCUGUUCAAAGAAUUAACACUUCACGCGGUGAUAGAAGUGAUUCACUUAUAUCGGCAAUGGCAGCGACAACAGCAAAUAGAGAAAAAUCUGCAUUUCAACCAGUCGACAUGAUUUCAACUCAGACUGACAGACAACAAUCCACAAAGAAAGACCGUAAACGAUCUUGGCAUAAAAUGUUCAUGUACACAAAACGAUUAACUUCAACAAAACACAAUUCCCCGUAUAAAGUGAAUUCGAAGGGCACUUGUCAAAAAUCUAAAAGUAUUAACAAGAGGAAAAAACGUGAAACUGAAACUGAUUCACAAUCUGUUAAACCCAUUUCUACUACUAAUACAGACAGUGAACGGACUAACCCAAAGCAACACACCUCAUCACUUACAGAUUGGUUUACACGUCGAAGACUCAAAUCUCCAAAUGGUUCAACAUCUCCAGAUAUUAAUAACAUAAAAUUUAAGUCUUAUAUGGAUUCAACUCCAGUUGCAAAAGCUGAAUCAACACACAUCAUCAAUACAUCUAGCAAUUAUACAGUCAAUAAUUCCUCUGAAAAUAAUUCCAGUCGGAAGUCGCACAGUUUCUUUCGACAUUUUAGACUAUCGAAAUCUGAUUAUGUUCACUUGGCUGCUGUUCCAUUACUCCCAGAAGGUGUUGAAGUGAAUCCUGAUUUGAUCAGCAGGAGAGAUACUUCUUCACUGCGUCAGUCCCUAGUUAAAUCCCCCAGAAAUCCGCUUAUUUCCCCGCUGAGUGAGCCAAAUUCUUUCGUUACACAAGGUAGAGAUGUUCGAGAUAAUUCUGGUGAUAUUCUGUGUGAAAAGGCUGCAAAUUAUCAGUUAAAUUCUUCUCGAUGUAAAUCAGUCAGCUCCAAACCUGAAACACCGACACCAGUGAAACCAGCUUCACAUAUCACACAAGUACUAUCGAUGUCAGUUGAGAAUCCCGACGCUUCCGGCAGAAUUGAUUUAAUUCGUACAUCAAGUUUACUGACACGUAAACAACGCUAUCUUAAGCGUUUAAAAGCUGCACAAGAGUUGGAUUCACCUCUGAUAAAUAAUAACAACCCAUUGUACACUAAGCAUCCAUACCUUCAGUCGUUUAGAACAACUCCAACUCUAACUCCAAAUGUAUCUGGCAACCGAUUUCGUAGAGUACACAGCUUCCCAGCUCUGAGUAGACAAUCUGAUACCACCAUCAAGAGCAAAUCUGGUAAUCAUGAUGCUUCAGUACAAAUCAAUUAUGAAGUCAAUGAAACAUCACUGAAAACUGAUGAUGACAGAAGCGAUCCAGAUAACUGUUAUUCUCAAAGAAUCAAUUUGGCCUUAGGUCCUACUUCCACACAUAGAAGACUAAAUGAAGUACAAAAGAAGUCAAGUAUAAAGUACACUGAGGAACCGUUGUACAGUGUCCAAUCCAUUGUUCAGAAAUAUGAAGCUUCUGAUGAACCGCAAAAAGAGAAUUCCAGUCAAAUAUUAAAUGAGACAAUUAGUUUAAGUGAAUUCUUAUCCAAAUAUUGUAAGGUAACAACUUCAAAGUCCACUGAAGCCAAUAAUUCACCAAUUUCUCAAAAUUCUGAGAAAAACAGUCAUCAGAUAACUGCGAAUUCGCUUAAUCAGCAUGAAAAGACACAAUAUGAAUCAAACUGUGACAGUAGCGUAUCAAUUUGUAAGGUGUCAAUUGGUGUACAGUGUACAAUUGCCAGUGGGGAUAAUGAUGAGGAUGAUGAUGAUGAUGAUGGCGGUUGUCGAACUAAACACAGUACUUGUGAUACAAGUAUGCAAACAGAAUCGAUUAACUGUUCAUCAUGCUUGUCUUCAAGAGUUGUAGAUACAUGCCCGAAUUCAAAAAAUAACCUUUCCCUAUCUACUCAUGGUGACAAUACGCUGAAUUCUCAAAUUCAUGAGUUGGCCAUUUCAUCAUCGGAUGACUUUUAUGACUUACCAAAUCCUGCUUCAACUGGCAGUUUAAGCGGAGAAAUUCCAUCAAAAGUACUUACCAACCAGAUUACUCAUAAAUCAAUCUCCACUUCCAUGCUGGACAUUAAAUGCUCUGGUCAAUUUCGGAAACUUUUAAACUAUUCAAAAAUUUGCAGAUCAGCGAGUUUUCAUUUCUCUCAAAUCAAAUCAGCUGACAACGUUAAUCAGAGCAAAGAUUUUCAGGCGUUUCCCAAUAAAACACCAACCAACCAACCUUUUCAUGAUAACGAGAAUGAGGAUGAUACUGUCUCAUCCUAUGGAUCAUUUCCCACACCACCGGCUACUGUUCUUCAACACUUCAAUGAAGAGUCAGACAAAAUGCCAUCAGGUGAUGAUGAUGAUGAUUAUCAUAGUUUUUUAAAUAUUCCGCUGAGAAGCACCUUUCAACUUGUUGGACAGGUCAACUUACAUCCGGCUAGUUCUUCACUUCGAAAUCCAUCGUCAGAUUACCUCUGUGAAAGGAAUCCUCUCUCCGAUAUUCAGUUGAACAGUAGUAACUGUCAGUACUUAUACCAAAGUGAAAAUCAAUAUGAAAUGAAUAAACAGCUGUCUAACUAUUUGAACUCACUGGAUACUACAGAUGAAAACUUACCGCCAACACCAGAAUAAUCAAUCAGUCUCAACCAAGGAGUCAAUCCGGGUCACCAUGAUCGCGAUCAUAAUCAUUAAUCAUCAAUCAUUAUCCUUUUUUUCCUUCUUCAAAGCCAUCUGCCUUGUUGUCGUCCUAAUCCAAUUUUCAUCUCCAUUGUCAUCGCCUUUAUCUUCAUCGUCCAUUUGUUUCUCACAAUGCACACUAGUUCAUACC